CAUAGGUGCAGUAAUAUCGCUAUGUCUAUUGUGCUUGAUACCUCCUGAUCCAGUGAAAGCAGACAGCCAACACAUGAUAUGCAAGACUGUUGAAAGUCUGCCUCAUUCAUGUCCACUCGGCCCAUCUGGUGAACGCGGUUUACCCGGGGAGAAAGGUGAGAAGGGCGAUUCUGGUAUCGUGAACUUCGACAAAAUCAACUCAACAAUACAAGAAAUGGUUCAAGCAGGUAUGGACAAAAUGGCGAACAUCCUGGAGAAAAGUAUAUUAGAGAAACUAAGAAAUCAAACAGAAAAUGAGUCGACCACAGAAAAUACUACUCCAGUAAUUGCGACCACUCAAGGGCUCUCAACUAAAGAAACUGAGACGACCACAGAAAAUACGACUCCAGUAAUUGCGACCACUCAAGGUCUCCCAACUAAAGAAUGUGGCUUUAUAUAUAAAUUGAAAUGUUUCCGAGCGAUCGUAUAUGACACGCGGAACGUCUCAUUAAGCGUCGCUGAAUCUAUUUGCAAAAACAAACUUGCUAACAUUUAUGACAUCACACACUACCAACUGCUCCGAGAUUAUUUACGACCAAUGAUUCCUGAUUGGUGGCCAAGGAUUGGGAUUCGUACGGGAAUGACUUACAAGAACGGUCAGAAAUAUUCAACGACGGGCCAACCUAUAUCUAUGCCACCCGAGGUUUGGUAUCCUGGUACUCCCCAUAUCGAUGCAUCGUACACAACUGUUGGUGUUGGUGUCAGUAGAGACCCGGAAUACGCAUAUCAAGGGGUUUAUAAUGUUCCUCCUCUCUUAGAAUCUCACGGAGCCGUAUGUGAAAAUGAAUUAUAACUUUGAAUGAUUGAUAAACAAAAAAUGUAGAAUUACUUGAGUUUAAAAUUGUUAUUCACAUUUGUAAUUUAACUUCAAUUUACCAUUUACACAGUUUAACUUACUUGAACAAGCACAAGUAGUAAAUAGAUCUUGCGUGAGGUAUAUAACUCUCACAUGGGAUAGCGACGGGGUGUAGAAUAACUACUAACGUGUUUGAAACGUUUAAUUUACUGAUACUUUUAGUUAAUGAGUGCUCAUCUUUAAAACGACAUGAUGAUAGAGUUUGCGUGAAAUCCUGAGACUUUCUAUGUUGUGUCACUGUGAACAAGGCUCUGUAUAUGCGGUCACUUACACCUGGAAAACCAAAAAUCGAAUAUUUUUGGCUUCUAGACCGAGCAGGGCUCGAAUCGAGAUACAUAGAACACCAUUGGCCAGGGAUACAUAGGUUAGAUUAUACUGUUUUGCUUUAGUAUAUUAUCUUUUUUUUUCUUUAUAUCUUUUUUAACGAUCGGAAACUUUUCAGAAUGUCAUAUCUUUACUAAAAUCACUUUGUUUGUCAUAAAAGUACUUUUGUUGAGGACAACCGCUUUUACUGACUGAAAUAUUUCAAUUGUGUAGACUGAGUUUUCAAUUGUGUUUUAUAUUUUGACACAUUUUUCAAUUUUUAUUAAAUUAAAGUUUCAUUAUGAGCUGGAGGAAUAUAAGAAAUUUAAGUUUUUCAAAAAGUUAUCAAAACUGAAAGCAAUUUACAACAUUGUCUUCGCUAUACAAUCAACCAGUUUUAUUAAUGACGCCCUUUUUUACAUUUUGUUUUUCUUGUGUGUGAAUUAUAGGAAUUGAUAUUUUUUAUUGUAUUUGUUCUGGCAUUUUAUAUGUUUAAAUUUUACUGGAUCACGCCAUUAAAUGGAAUAUUUUCCAAAAAAAUGAUUCCCGCUUAUUUGAUAGUUAAAAAAGCUUUCAAACAAUUUAAAAUAUAAGUGUGACCUGGACAAUAUAAGAAAAUGUUGAAAAUUCAUCAGAAUUGAAAAAAAUUACAGCUUUAUCUUUUCUUCAAAACAAGCAAAUUUUAUAUUUUGUAUUCCCUCCCCCCUCUCCCGGGCUCUCAAAGCAUGGCAAAAAAUCAAAUCAUUUGUUUCGUUUUUUAAUUUUCUUGGUGUGUGAAUUAUUGAGAUAUACAAAUUUUUCAUUAACCUCGCUCUUGUAUUUUAUUUGUUGGAUGAAUUUCUCAGAAUUUUUCGGCAAAAUUUACUUUCAGUAGGAGUUCAAUUUAUUUUUCACCAACUGAACUGAAAAAAUGAAAUUCAUCAAAAAUAUUGUGAACUUUCAAUGAUGAAUCUUAUUUGC